AUGUCGUGGCACGUGUGCACCAUCUGCGACGGCUGCAUCGACAAAGGCACACCAGAAACACCGAAACUUACCGUUCAAAAAGUUGGUUUUGUCGGAAAACCAUUUUUUUUUUUAGAAAAAACUGAAUUUCCAGAAGGUAAACUACCACGAGGCGUCAGAAAACCGUCAAUUCCGCAUCACAAUCGUUCGGCAGUGCGCGGAGGCAACGGAAAACGGACUGGAAGCGCUGGAAGCGGCCGAUCCGGCGGGGGACGGCCGGAAAUCGGAAUCCGUUCAUUUCUAUGUCGAUCUAACCGAAUUGACCACUAUUUGCCCGUAUUUUCAGCAAUUUCAAAAGGUUUGUGCAAAAGCGUGAAUCGAAACAUGAAAAAAACUAGGAAAAAACAUGAUUCUUUAAAAAUCUCUGUAAAAAUAUAUAUUUGCAGCAUUGCUACGUGGAAUUCUCGACGAACUGCACAUCCACGUGGAUCUCAUCCACUUCAACUUCCUCUUCCGCUCCGUGCCCCGCCCACACAUUCUCGUCUCAGAUCUCCCCGCGCUCGUUCCACUCUUUCCUCGAAUCCGCGUGCCCGGCGCUUUACUCGAUCCGUCCGGUCCCGCUUUCGCUCGAUUCGGUGCCGCCGGUCCUCGAGAUCCUCUCCCACUUCCACUCGGAACCGCUUCUGACCAACUGCGAGCGCUUCCUGAUGGCGGUGCCAUUCGGAUCGCUCGACCCGGCGCUCCUCAUCCGGAUCCUCCACCGCGGACUGUGCGUCAGUCUCGACCAUCGCAUUCUCGCCCGAAUAUUGUGCGUCUGCCUCAUGAACACCCACAAAAUGGCCGACGUGUCGCAGGAGUUGCACGGAACCGUCGGCGCCGUCUUCGCACAGGCUUUCGUCGCGUUAGUUGUGGGGGGUUUUUGGAUUUUCUCUUAAAAAUUUUCAGAAACGCUGCGAAAGGGUUCCGACACGUGAAACCGCUGGAGCAGGAGUCGCAAUUGUGGCCGGAAGCGAUGCGGAAUCUGAUGGGCGGCGCCGAUUCGACGCGGAAAAACGGCCGGACAGCCGAAGCGGAACGGACGCGGAAAGAAUCAGCGGAAGGGAUGCGAUCACGCCAACGAAUCGUGCGUUUUUGGCAGGGCUGACCAAUUGACCUCGACUUUUGGACGACUUGCAAUAUACUGCUCGGACCCAAACUUUGCAGCCGUAUUGGACUUGGAUUCAAGUAUACUGGGUUCAAGGUUCAGACCGAUCGGAUCGUUUACUGUCGAUAUAUAGUGCUUGAGGGCCAAUUUCAGUCAAUGAUCCACAUAUCUCGGGAUCAGAUGAUCCGAUCAAGCUGAAACUCGGACCCAAUAUACUCGAAUCCAAGUCCAAUAAGGCUAAAAGUUUUGGUCCGAUCGGAUGAUUGCAAGUGGUCCAAAAGACCAGGCCAAUUGGCCAGCCAUGGUUUUUGGGGAAAACAUUCGGUGAGAUUUAAAAACAAUGAUUUUUUUUCCAGAUUCGAGUGCAUUUUGUGCUUCGAUCAGCGAUGCGGAAAGUGCAAGGGAGAGACUGCCUUUUGCUAUAAGGUUCUUUAAUUUUUGAAUUGAAUUGAAUUGAAAAAAACGUGAGAAACUCAAAGCUCAAACAAGUUUUUGUUUGCAGGCGCUGGACAAUUUCCUGUACGAAGUGCGUGUGCAGCUGUACCCGCACACGUACCGACCCCAUUUGGACCGUGAUUUGCUUCGCGAGGACCGCAUCAACGACUACAUUCUCCGUCACCAACUGCAGCCGCUCCCCUAG